AGAGAGAGAGAGAGAGAGAGAGGGGGCAGGGUCCCGGAUGUUGGCACCGCCGCCGAGAGAAAGGCGAACGAGAGAAGGCGGAGAGAAGCCGAGCAGGGACACCACGGCACCGCGGGCACACCGGCCGAGCUGCAGCGACUCCUCUGCACAGGACCGUAGCGUCAAGAAGCGCAGGACACCCGUGGGGAGCUCCCGCUUAGCCGAAGACGAGGAGGCGGAAGAAAAAGGGGGAAAGAGGGGGGCAGCUACUCUGAAACUACCGUGAGGAUUACAGGGAGCCAGCGUCACGGCAGCUUUCACCCAGAAGUUGACCUAAGGAAGAUAAUAUGCUGAUGUCCUGAGCUGAGGGAGCCCUGACUUCAUCCUCAAGCUGUCUCUUGUCUCAGUUUGUUUCACCAAACGGGAUCAACUCCGCAUCAGUCAGCGAACACCAACCACCACCACCACCACCUCCACCUUUUCCCCAUCCCCUCCUGCCCAGCCUGCCACCACCAUGACGUCGGAGCUGGAGAGUAGCCUGACCUCCAUGGAUUGGCUUCCUCAGCUGACCAUGCAGGCGGCCAUCCGCAAGGCAGACGCUCAAAAUGCCCACGGGCCAGGCAUGGGCAAGAAGAGUGCCCUACUGGAUCCUAACACAACGUUGGACCAGGAGGAGGUGCAGCAGCACAAGGACGGCAAGCCGCCCUAUAGCUAUGCCAGUCUUAUCACGUUUGCUAUCAACAGCUCGCCAAAGAAGAAGAUGACUCUGAGCGAGAUCUACCAGUGGAUCUGUGAUAACUUUCCCUACUACAGGGAGGCGGGCAGUGGCUGGAAGAACUCAAUACGGCACAAUCUGUCUUUGAACAAGUGUUUUCUCAAAGUGCCUCGCUCCAAAGAUGACCCUGGAAAGGGUUCUUACUGGGCCAUCGACACCAACCCAAAGGAGGAUGCCUUGCCUACACGGCCAAAGAAGAGGCCGCGUUCUGGAGAGCGAGCUUCCACGCCGUACAGCCUGGAGUCUGAGUCUUUGGGGAUGGAGUGUAUGAUCUCUGGAAGUGCCUCUCCAACGCUGGCAAUCAACACUGUGACUAACAAGGUGGCAUUGUACAACACAGACCAGGAGGGGAGCGACAGUCCAAGAAGCAGCCUUAACAACAGCCUGUCUGAUCAGAGUCUGGCCUCUGUCAAUCUCAACAGUGUGGGCAGUGUGCACAGCUAUACACCGGUGACCACUCACCCAGAGCCCGUGUCCCAGUCUCUGAGCCUCCAGCAGCCCCCACAGUACAACAUGCCAGACAGGGACAAGCAGCUCCUGUUCUCUGAAUUUGAAGAUCUCAGUGCCUCCUUCCGCAGCCUUUACAAGUCUGUUUUUGAGCAGUCCUUCAGCCAACAAGGUCUCAUGGGAUUACCGUCAGAUUCAUCCCAGCAGACCCACACCUCCUGCUCCUAUCAACACUCCCCCAGUGGCACCAUAAGUACACAGAACAACCUGUCAAACAACCAACCCAACAACCACCCCAACAGCCACUCCGCCAACAGUGGCCAGGUGCCCCUGUCCCAUCCUGCCCAAGCCCACCCUGGCCACGGCUCGCCCCACGCGCCGCACCUCCCGCAGCACGGCGGCCCCCACAACCAACACAGCCAACACGCUCAGCACAGCCAACACAGUCAGCACCAACAGCACUCCCAGCACCCCCAGCACGCUGCUCAUUCCCAGCACGGGCAGCACCCAUCGCAACAUCCGCCCCACGGCCAGCACCCGCAGCAGCACACGCCACACCCCUCCCAACACACGCAGCACAGCCAGCACCCUCCUCAACACGGGCAGCAGCAUCAGAGCCUCUCCCACCAGCCCCAUCCUACCCAGCAACAGCUGGCCUGCAACCCAGGUUUACUGUCUGACUGGUAUCCAAAUCUGGAUGCACUGAAAGAAAGCUGCCGUAUUGCUAGCAGCUACAACUGGGCUGAUGUCGACCUUUCACCUUUCCAAGGUUUAAGAGACAGUAUGAGACAAGCUGAGUUGAACAACUGGUCCCUGGAACCCACCCAGAUCGCAGACCUCUGCUCGUCCAUCAAUCAGUUUUUUGCCCGCACUGGUGUAAUCCAGCCACAGGGGGCAGUGCAGCCUUCAGUUUGCCUCGGCUCCAUGCACCCCAACAAACCCAGCCAGCACCUCAACACAGGAAAUCUCUACAUGGACUCCAGACAGAGCAUGUCCAUGAUGGGUCCUCCAGGAUACCCCCACAUGCCCCCCAUGAAUAGCGCAGGACCCACGAUGACAGGACACCACGCACAGAUGAACCAGCAGCACAUGAUACCUACCAGAAACUUCCAGAUGCAUCGUAUGCCAGCCGACGACAUCCAGGACGACUUUGAUUGGGACUCCAUUGUCUAGCCCCUAGACCUCCUUUUUUUUGCAAAGAAUGGGGAGCAAGGAGAGGAGGAGGAGGCUGGAGGAAGAAGCCAGGCUGAGCUGAAAGGCCGCAGCAGGAGGAGGAGGAGAAAGAGGCCGUUGUGGGUGGGAUGCAGAACAUUUGAUACGCUUUGGAGAAAGACAGACUUCAGAGUCCUGACAUUUUUACAAAAGCAAAACAUACAUAGAAAAUGUUAAACUUUGAAGACAAUCAUAUAUAGUCGGACAUGUCAAUGUGAUUGCUUACAUACUUGUCUAGAGGCAAGUAGAACACAUUCAUGUCUAAACCACAUGCUCCUCAGCUCCUCAGCCAGCCCUCUCCCCGUCCCCAGCCAGCAGCCUUCCAAAGUCUGAACCCCUCCCCCCCGACUGACCCCCUGCUCCGUAACUGUUAUGUGAUUUGAGCGACGUGUUCAGCUUGUAAUUCUUCUCGUGUUGACAUUGGCCUCAGCUGUCUCUUGGAUGAGUUUAUCUCUCUUUUUUAGAUUCUUUUUUGUUUUGCCUUGUCUUUUUUUAAAAUUUGUUUUGAGGAAACACAGGCCGUCUCUGAGUAAUGUAAAGGUGCUUGUUGGUCACUUUUUUGGGAGAAAGAGAAAGCCCCACUGUGGCUGAAUCGGUGGUGAAAGUCAGGUUUACAAUAACUGAGGUUUUGUACAGGGUGUUAAAUGUUUAAGGCUUGAUAUUAAACAAACCAAGGGAGAGAGAUAGUGAGAGAGAUCACAGAGAGUGUUGUGAUCUGUUUUCACAACCAACCAAUGUGAUCAGGCUCACUGCAGCAGACAGGUAAUGGGAUUACAUUUUCUAAGUUUUCUGUGUCAAGCACAUCAAGAUGAGUGAACAUGGUGAGUGUGAGUCGAUUGUGAUACCAGGGAAGUCAGACAUUUUGUCUUUUUUAAAACUUCAUUUAACUCAAAGGAACCGGAUGUUAAGUUUCUCUGUGUCGUUUAUAUUUGCUCCACCAAUCAGAAGCUGUCAUAACAUUAAAGUUUUAAUGGUUAAAAUAAUCAGUUUUACACGAGAAGCCAAUUGAUCAUCAAACAAGCCAGCAUCAGUCAAUAACUAUUAAAAUGAGUCCAACCGACAUUUGGACCGACAACUUUCAUCCGGUCUCAGUUUAUCGCAGAUCGAUCAGUAUUGGCAUAUAUGUCGGCCAAUAAGUGAGAAUAAAAAAAAACUAGCACAAAAAUACCAAAAAUGUCAUAAUCGACUCAGCAAAUAUAAUCAUAAUUCUUGAAUGAAAGACGGACUAGAUUGAUUGGUGGAUUUUGUUAAACCAUGUUAAGCUGCCCAUCCUCUGCCUGUAGCUCUGUAUACACUGAAUCUUCUCAUCUUAAUUUUCCAAUAAAAAGCCAUUAAUCAUAUUUCCCCCCCAAAAAAGUUUAAAACAUCCAUUUGUAUCGAAAUCCAAUUAUACUAAAUUAUAAUAACAGAAUAAGAUCAGGUUUACAAUUUUUAGAGUAAUUGUUUUAAGCCUCACUGACUUGAAACAGUUAAGAGACAAAGAAACCAAUAGAAAGCUCACUGAAGCUCUUGUGGAAAACUAAUGAUCAGAUGUAGAACUCGACUUUGAUUUUCAUCCAAAGUCACAUUGUGUACAUCAAAAAGAGUUUGAUGCUACCUUCAGUGUUAUUUGUCACUUCUGACAUUUGAAUUAUGGAUUUGAGUCUUUUUUUAAAAAACUCAUUUGAGUUUGCUAUUAUACAAUCAUAACAGAAUGAGAAAUGUGAUUCAUACAGUACAUGCAGUGUGUGUGUGUGUGUGUGUGUGUGUGUGUCGUGUGUGUGUGUGUGAGCGUGUGAGCGUUUUGGUUUUAUUGUAAAGUUAGGGCUAUGAUGCAAUCAUCUCUGUACUAUCUAUGAGCACAAAAGCAGAUGCACACAGUGAUUUAAAGACUAGAUUAGAGAUUUUGUGUUUUAAUGAGAAGGGGUUUCUCAAGCACAGAACAGGGAGAUCAGUGGUUGUGGAAACUUUUCCUCUGUGUCCUGUAACAAGUGACUCGUCAAUCAGCCCGGAGCUGAACGUCUGAGACACAAUGUUAGAAAACAAAAAGCCCUUUGCACACUCUUACUUUUUGUUGACCUUAACCGUUUUUAAAGAUGCAAAGCACCUCCUGGUUCUAGUAGCAAUUCACUCCCACAGUGAGACUAUCUGACCCCUAGUGGCAAAUAUGGGGCAUUGUCUACAUUCGAUGAUGAGAAACUGCUGAGCUGUGUGUGCGGUGCUUUGCAUCUAUAACACUGUGUGUCCCUGUUUAAAGAAGUAACUAAAUGCUUUCACCACUCACAUGUAAAUAUGAAGCUACAGAAAGGAGACGGCUAGUGUCAGUGAAUUUGUUAUGGUUACACCUUUUUAUACCUUUUGAUAUUGUGUACGAGUUAUAUUAUGUCCAACACAAAAUAUAAAUCAUUGAAUCUAAAGUAUUCCUGCAGAGGCCUUCACACCUCUCAGGUCAGCCAUCUGUGAAGCAGGAUUUUGGUCAGGCAUAGUAAAAGUCCUACACAAUAUUAAAGGUAAUAAAAGGUCUGAAUCAGGGUUUAUUGCCAAGUAGGUUUGCACAUACAUUGAAUUUGCUGUAGUUUGUAUGUGCAUAAGCAUAAAUAUAACCCAAGGGAACAGUAUAAAAUCUGUGUAAUAUGAACGAUGGAUAUGUACAAUUUGACGUAUGUACAUAUACAGGAAAGUUCAAGUUUCACAGUCAAGGUGUAAAGGCAACAAAUUCACAAAGCUUAGCCCAAAGUCUGGGAAAUGAAUGCUAGGCUAAGCUAAGCUUUCCACCAUCAGUCUGUAGCUUCAUAUUUGCAGUACAGACAUGAGUGUGUUUUCAGUAAGAAAGAAGGUAAAUGAGGUUAUUUCCCCAAAACUUUGACCUUAAGACAAUUCAUCUGCCAGGACUCUCGUAGUGACUGUUGUUUUAAUAUCUGGAUGACAAUCAUGGAUUUUUUUUAAUGAUAUUGCAUAAUGUCUUUUGUUAUUGUGAGAACAGGCACUUUUCAAGUCUCUGUUUUAUUGGAUAUUACAGAACCAUACGUUUCAACACAGAACCAGCCCGGUUUGACACUGUUGAUCUCUCUUUUGAACCAUGAAGUCAUAUUCUCUUCUUUCAAUUGAUACUGCCGUUCAUUUUUAUAUUUUCAGCUAAUGUUCUUUUUUGUUGUUGUCGUUUUUCUUACCAAUCAUUCACCCCCGCUUCCUCCACCUCACGUGGCCAAUCCUCGCCUGUGGAUCUCAACUACGAGUUUUUUUUAAGUUUUGUUCUACUGCCAGAAUUUCAUACCUAGUGUUCGGACAUGAUCCUUUAAUCAGUUGACCCCAAUCAUGACUUUUUUUAAGGUGAGUGUGGAUCAAAGGACUGCAACCGAAGACGGCAGUGGGGAAAAAAGAGCAGCGGUGUGUAUUUGUUUGGACUCUACGAGCUGAAAUAAACCGUGAACAUCCUGUGAGUCCUGGGUUGGCGGAAGGUGACGAGAGGUUCGGCUCUUCCAGGUGAAGACACGUGAACGUGGAGCUGCCAUUUGAGCACAUCAGCCCGAGGGAAGACAAAAAACGGUUGCGGCUAUUCAAAAAAAAAAGGGGGAAAAAGGUGAAGACAAUGACUGGAUCAUAAUCACAAUUUUACAUUUUGUCUGUAUGUGUGUGUGUGUGUGUGUUUGUGUGUGUUUGCUUGUGUGAGUUGAAUUUCUUUUUUUCUAAAAGAUGAUUUAGGUUUUAAAUACCGCUGGACAUGUACCUGCCAGAGAGAUUAUUAUUAUUGCGGAAAAAAAAGAUGAAAAGAUGAAAAAAAUAAAAAAAGCCUUGUUACAAUAUGGGAAAGAACUGCCAACAAGUACUGCUGAUCGGGGCCUAUUUUAUUCAGUGCUGGUGUGUCGUGCUUGUAUAUAUAUGUCUUUUCAAUCAUCCCUUUUUUCCUCUUGGGGGUGGGGUCUGGAGACAGGGGGUGGGUCUUCUUCACAAAAGAGAGGAGGGAAAAGAAUAGAGUAUUUUGUUAUCGUCCAAUCAGAGGGUGACAGUAUGUAUAUAUCUAUAUUGUAUAUAUGUGAUGAAAAUGCGUUGGCUUUUUGUGUGACACUACCUUUUACCUGUACUAUGGUUCUACAUUCAGUGUUUCAGUGUUGAUAAUAUAUAUUUGGUUUGUGUUUUAUUUUUUGUUUUGAUUUUGUCUUUGUCAUUUCUUGUAUUUUUUUUCCUCCUAUUUGUCCUUUUUUGUUUAUUGCACGGUUUAUUACUUUUGUUGUCCGAUGAGGUGACACAGCUACUCUUUGUAUUCGUUUAGUGCUGUAAAAUAACUCAAGUGUUAUUAGAAUUGUCUAUACCACCGCCCACCCCACCCCCCUUCCCCAAUAUGCAUGAAUGGCACUUAAAAGAAAUAAAAUAUGGUAACUUCA